AACUGCGCAUGCGCUCACUGGUCAAAAGAUUCGCGGGCACUCGGCGGCAGGUGAGAAACAGCAAAAAUAAUUUGUGUCCAGGAAGCUCAAACACAGCAACACGUCACAUUUCGCAUCUCUGUCCAGAUGUUUAAGGAGUGACCAGAUAUUCACAUUGUAACACCAAUCUAUCCGUCUUGAUCCUUGGAGAUGAAGAAGUAUCUCAUCCCAGCUGGAAACGUGCCUUGUCUCUGACAUGACAUUUUCUGUUUUAAUUCAGUGACCUCCUGGGGAAACAAGGAGCUGAGAACACUCCAGUGUUUAUUCACUGGAGAUCAGUUCUUCAACAGGAUUGAUUGUUCUGGGGACUCACUAUGUCUGACAUCUGAUUUGAUGAAUUGACAGAGGAGUGAUGCAGAACUGUGGAAGUGACUCAUUCAUCUCAUCCCAGCUGCGAACACACCAGUGAAUUCACACUGGGAGAUGCUGUUCACCUGCUCAGAAUGUGGGAAGGGAUUCACUCGGUCAUCCAACCUACGGAGACACCAGCAAGCUCACACUGGGAAGAGGCCGUUCACCUGCUCAGUCUGUGGGAAGGGAUUCACUCGGUCAUCUAACCUGCUGAAACACCAGUCAGUUCACACUGGUGAAUGCCCAUUCACCUGCUCACACUGUGGGAAGGGAUUCACUCGGUCAUCUGAACUACUGACACACCAGGCAGUUCAUAUUGGAGAGAGGCCAUUCACCUGCACAGACUGUGGGAAGGGGUUUACUCACUCAUCUAAACUCAAGGUACAUCUGCGAGUUCACACUGGGGAGAGGCCGUUCACUUGCUCAGACUGUGGGAAGGGGUUUACUCGGUCAUCUGACCUACUGGUACACGAGCGAGUUCACACUGGGGAAACACCGUUCAUCUGCUCUGAUUGUGGGAAGGGGUUCAUUCGGUCAUCUGACCUACUGACACACAAGUCAGUUCACACUGGGGAGAGGCCAUUCACCUGCUCAGACUGUGGGAAGGGAUUCACUCGGUCAUCUAACCUAGUGGCACACCAGUCAGUUCACACUGCGGAGAGGCCAUUUACCUGCUCAGACUGUGGGAAGAGAUUCACUCGGUCAUCUGAAAUGAAGGUCCAUCAGCGAAUUCACACUGGGGAGAGGCCAUUCACCUGCUCAGACUGCGGCAAGGGUUUUACUCGGUCAUCUAAUCUGAAGGUACAUCAGCGAGUUCACACUGAACAGAGGCCAUUCACCUGUUUUGUAUGUGGGAAGGGAUUCACUCAAUCAUCUGACCUACUGGUACACCAGCGAGUUCACACUGGGGAAAGGCCAUUCACUUGCUUGGAUUGUGGAAAGAAAUUCACUCGAUCAUCCAAUCUACAGACACACCAGCGAGUUCACGCUGGUGGAAAAGGAAAGAUGCAAUCUUUUCAAUAAUUUCAAGUUCUCUGGCCCCGACCAUCUUAUUUUCACCAUCGAUGUCUAGUCCCUAUACAACUCCAUACCCCAACAAGAAGGCCUCAAAGCUCCAUUUCUUUCUAGACACAAGUUACCCUCCACCACCACUUUCCUCCAUCUCGUGGAACUAGUCCUCACUGUCAAUAUUUACUCCUUGGCUCCCCCCACUUCCUUCAAACAAGAGGUGUGUCCAAGGGUACUCACAUGGGUCCCAGCUAUGCCUGCCUGUUUGUCAGCUAUGUGGAACUAUGUUCCAAGCCUAAAUUGAUGUCACCUUCCCACUUUUCCUAUGCUACAUUGAUGACUAUAUUUGUGCUAAUCCCUGUACAAAUGCCGAACUAGUCCAUUUCAUCAACUUUGCCUCCAACUUCCAUCCUACUCUUAAAUUUACCUGGUCCAUUUCUGACACAUCCUUCCCCUUUCUCAAUCUCUCUGUCUCUGUCUCUGUCUCUGUCUCUAGAGACAGCUUAUCCACUGAUGUCCAUUACAAAUCCACUGACUCACAGCUACCUGGACUAAACCUUUUCCCACUCUGUUACUUGUAAAAAUACAAUCCUCUUCUCUCAAUUCCUUCGUCUCUACCACAUCUGCUGUCAGAAUGAGGCUUUUCAUUCCAGAAUGAAGGAGAUGUCCUCCUUCUUCAAAGAAAGGGGCUUCCUUUCCUCCACCAUCAACACUGCCCUCAACUGCAUCUCUUCCAGUUCACGCACGUCUGCUGUCAACCCAUUCUCCCGCCAGCCACCAUGGAUAGGUUUAUAUAUGUAUACAUUAGAUCUGCCAAAGGGUCUUGGGCUGAAACCUCGACGGUACUCUUCCAUAGAUGCUGCCAGGCCUGCUGAGUUCCUCUAGAAAUUUGUGUGCGUUGAAAUAAGUUGCGAGAUUUGACUAAUCCACUGUUGAGAAACCUCACCACAUCGGCCGUGGAUGGUCUGGGCCCACAUCGCUCUCCUGUGAGACAUCUCCCCCAUGUGCCAUGGAUGUGGUGAGACGACCCGUCUCCCCAGUGAGAAACCCCCACGGACAGUGGAUGUGCUGGAUCCACCACCCUCCCCUGUGAGAAACCUCUCCCACUGAACCUGGAUGGACUGAAUCCACAACCAUCUCCUGUGAGAACACUCCCCCAUUGACCGUGCAUGGGUAGGAACCAUCACCUUCUCCACAUCGGCCGUCCAUGGGAAAAAUCGGAACACUCUGGGUGGGAUUCACUGGGAACUGGAAUCACAUCGGCCAUCCCUGGGAGAAAUGGGGACACUCUGGGAGGGAUUAAGUUGGAACUGGAAUCACAUCGGUGAGGCUGUGGUCCAGGCCAUUCUGUCCCACCGUCCCAUGCUGGUAGCUGGAGCUCUCCAGUCCUCCUGUUGAGCCACUCAGCUCCAUCGUUCAGCACUGGCUGUCUGAACCCACCCUACCACAUGUCCUGGGCCCAGACAAUCAUGGUGAAAUAAAAACAGAAAAUGAUGGAAAAAUCAGCAGGGAUGAGACCUGGGAGAGACUGGUGAUAGGAUCUUCAAUCUGGGAGAGACCGGGUGUGAGAACAUAAGUCCAGGAGCCACUGAGUGUGAGACCUUAAGAGAGACUGGGUGUGAGACCUUUAGUCCAGCAGUGACUGGGGAUGUGACUUUCAGACUGAGAGAGACCUGGUCUGAGACUUUCAGUCAGAGAGUGACUAGGAGUGAGAUCUUUAGACUGGCAGAGACUGGGAAUGAGACCUUCAGUCUGAGAGAGACCCAGGGAUGAGACCAUCCAUCUGUCAGAGACUGGAGGUGAGACCAUCAAUGUGCCAGUGGUUUGCUCUCACACUCAGUCUCUGCCAGACUGGUGAUAUCAUCCCCUGUCUCUGCCAGACUGAAUUCUCAUCCUCAGUCUCUGUCAGUCUGCUGCGAAUCACUCGGUCAUCUGAUCUGCUGACUCACCAGCGAGUUCACACUGGGCAGGCACCAUUCACCUGCUCCGACUGUGUAAGGGAUUUACUCUGUCAUCCAGCAUACAGUGACUCCAGUGAGUUUACACUGAACAGAAGCCGUUCACCUGUUCCCCUUGUGAGAAGGGAUUCACUCGAUCAUCUCACCAGUAUCGGUACAGCAGUCAGUUCACACUGGGGAGAGACUUUUCACCUGCUCAGACUGUGGGACAGGAUUCACUCAGUCACCCACCCUUGUGAGCCACUACCGAGCUCACACUGGCAAAUACAUUUAAAUAAGUUGCUGGGUUUGAUAAACAGCAGCAAUAUUUGCCGACGUUGGCACCAACAGUCAGUUUUGAACAUUCCUCUCUAUUCAGCAACUGUGCUGGAGAAAUAUCCAACAUAAGCUUAUUUAAAAUGUUUCCCCAGUGGAAAUUUGGUUGUGCACAACAAGGCUGGAUGACCGAGUGAAUCUCUUCCCACAUUCAGAUCUGGUGAACAGCCUCUCCCCAGUGUGAUCUGACUGGUGUGCCAGUAGGUGGGAUGCCUUCCAACAAAUAGAACAGGUGAAUGGCCUCUCUGUAGUGUCAACUCACUGAUGUUUCCUUUAACUGGAUAAGUGUCUGAAUCCCUUCUCUCAGUCUGAACAGGUGAACAGCUUCUCCCCAGUGUGAACUCACUGAUGUUUCUACAGACAAAAUUAAAGAACAAUGUCCACUCAGGAAUAUAUUGGGACAGUCAAACUCAAUGAUAAGCAAGGCAUAAAAAAAAACUCAUUGCAAGGGGUAAAAUAAGCUUUCUUAGCAAUAGGAUGAUAUCUAUUCUGAGACUUUAAUUGUGUCACCAGUGUUUAAGAAUACCUCGGUU